AUGUCUUCAAAUAGUGAUGACGUUAUUUCUCAAGUUUUUCCCAAAGCUGUUCAGGCUAUAAGAUCUGCAUCUGGUCUUUCAGCUUAUGAUAUCAAGUUUUACAAAAGUUUGGAUAAGAAUAUUUCAGAUACAAGUGAGAAUUCGUCUAAUCGUUUGCUUAAACUAAUUAAUGUUCUUUCAUCAUCAGUUGACCUACAGGAUAACCAAUCAUUGAACCAAGAUGCUAUAGAAAGUGGUUGGCCUCGUGUCAGUAACUUGUUGGAUACAAUACUAGAAAGAUCUGAUUUUGCUCUCGAUACACUUCAACGUUCUCCAAAUCAAAAAGACGAAUCACAAAAAUUUACAUAUUUAGAUGAUGACAAUGCCCAUAAUAAGGGAGCUCAUCUUAAUAAGAGACAAGAAAAGCCUCAGAAAUUUUUCAAAACACCAAUCGACAAUAGUGAAAGCCAUCCAUUCAAACCAUUAUUAAAAGAAAAACCUAAUGCUAUGGUUCCUUUCCAAGAAACUUUCAUAUUAACCACUGAAGAAGAAAAUGAUCCUGCGCAUUAUAAACAACCUUAUGAAAUUGAGAUUUUAAAUCAAGAAUACAAUUCUAAAAUAUUAGAAAAAAGUGAUCCAAUACCUUCUAAGGACUGGCAAGGAACAGAACCGAUCUGGGUUGAUACAAUUGAAGAAUUGAACAAAAUGCAUAAAGAUUUACAGUCUGUAUCUGAAAUAGCUGUUGAUUUAGAACAUCAUGACUACAGAUCAUACUAUGGGUUGGUCUGUCUUAUGCAAAUUAGUACCAGAGAUCAAGAUUGGCUAAUUGAUACGUUAGCAUUGCGUGAGGAUUUAAAAAUCUUGAAUAGUGUUUUUACUGAUCCUAAAAUUACCAAAGUGUUCCAUGGUGCUUUUAUGGAUAUUAUUUGGCUACAAAGAGAUUUAGGUUUAUAUAUUGUUAGUCUCUUUGAUACAUACCAUGCUUCCAGGCAGUUAGGUUUUCCUAAACAUAGUUUAGCUUACCUUUUGGAGAGAUUUGCACACUUCAAAACUUCUAAGAAGUAUCAAUUAGCAGACUGGAGAAUUCGUCCUUUGACUGGACCAAUGAAAUUAUAUGCUCGUUCUGAUACACACUUUCUUUUGAACAUAUUUGAUCAAUUAAGAAACAUGCUUAUUGAGUCUAAUAAAUUAACAAACGUCUUGUUCGAAUCCAGAAAUGUCGCUAGAAGAAGGUUCGAAUAUAGCUCAUUUAGACCACUGGCCAGUACCAAUGUUGUAUCCCCAAUUGAGAAACCAGAACCUUGGAAAAGCUUGUUGUACCAAUACAACCUUUCUGCCUCUAGAGAAGCAGUGGUUCGUUCGCUUUAUCAAUGGAGAGAUCAAAUUGCUAAGCAAGAUGAUGAAUCACCAAGAUAUGUGAUGCCAAAUCAAUUACUGGUAUCUUUGGCUUCUCUGGUGCCGACUGAUCCAGCUGGAGUUUUAUCAUCAAGCAAUUUAAUUUCUGAUCAUGUUAGAAAAAACGCCAAAGAGAUUUCGGAACUUAUAAAAAGAUCGAUGAAGGAAGCUGAAGAAGAAGAUAUGUAUCUUUUAAACAAUAUUUCAGAAAAGUUUGAGGAGAAAGAUACCAUAAAUGAAGAUAAAAUAGAAUUUUCAGAGGCGGCAUUCAACUCUGAGCUUCAAAGGCUAAAAACCAAUUUACCAAGCUCAAAAUAUGGAGGUUCAUCUGAGCUAUUUUCAUUAAGCAUUUUGGAAAAUAAUUAUGUCAACAACAUUAUCAACUCUGAGGGUAACUCUAACUCAUCUACGGAAAUGAAAAAGAGAAUCAAUUUGAUACGGGAAUCUUUAUCAUUUAGAUACAAUCCUACUUCUCACCACGGUGAUGAUGAUACAUCCAAUAAAAGUGAAGGUCAACUACAAAAAGAAAGCGAUGUGAAUAUCGAGGAUGCAUCAACUGAUGAAAAAUCAGCUUCCAUGUUUAGCAAUCCUGAUGAUAUUGUUGUGUUGAAAAAGAAACAAGCCCACUCUCGAAAUAAUACUGCCAAAAAGGAUAAAGAUUCUGAAAAGAAAGAAGUGCUCAACUAUGAAGAUGCCAGUAAAGUGAUGAAGAAAAAGCCUUUUGAAAAAGCUAAUAGAAAAAGAAGUUCAAGUACCUUUGAUCCAUAUACUUUGGAAUCUGAGGGGCCAAAACCUGUCAAAAAACUUCCAAAACUACAAAUGGGUAAAAAUACGUCAUUUUUCAGUAAGAAGAAAAAAUAA